GGAGCUGAUUUCAGCCACACGGCAGUUGAAAAAGCUGUUAUUUUGAGCGCAAUACAGGGACACCGGUAGAAAGAUAAACUUACUACUCUGAAGAGUAACCAUGCUUUGAGUAGUUUGAGCUAGACUGAGAGUGUUGUAAUUAGUGAUUGAUCUGGUGGGAUUUCUUGUUCCGAGUGACAAUUUCUUUUAUUCAGGAACUUUAACCAAUUUGUAUUUCAUUUCAAAAUCUCAAUUUUCAAGUGUUUCCCGACAGUGAUUAUUUCAAAAACAAAAAAAAGUGAACUACAAACCGAAGUGAUAAUAUUCUGUUUUUGACGCUAAACUUUUCAAUUCGACACUUAGAGUUUCAAGACUCCAUCCACCGAUUAACUCGUUCACUUCACAACAUUUAUUGCUAUCUUUGGUUCUCUGCAAAACCCAGAUUCUAGAGUAGACAUGUGUAAUGUGCAGUGACAUUUUUCUAUGAGGUGAAAAACUAAGUCAACUGGUUUGGAUAUAAACCAAUACUUGGUGGGAAAAAACCCAGCUCGUGAAGACUUAGAGAAAUAAAACUGGAUCAACUGGACAUGCCUCGGUCAUUCAUGAUCAAGAAGGCCAACAAAAGAUACUGUCGGCCCUGGGAGAACGACAACGAUGACGUCACUCCCGCGCCUGAUGAUGAUGAUGAUGAUGCCACAGAUCACCAGGAAGAUGACCAGUCUCCCAAUUGUCCAUCAGAUGAUGGGUGUAGCCACAGUGGACCAGGCCAUCUGGAAACUUUUGAUAUUCUGAAAGUUCCCAGCGGGUUCAGAGGUCACGCUGACGUCAUGGGGCGACUCACACCCCCACAAGAGAUGGACACGAUCCCAAGUUUACCUGUUAGUUUUAAAGGUUUUUCACCGGCGGCGUCAAGUUUAGCACCGCACCAGUUGAAACACUCCCAAUACCUCCGAGACUUUCUUGGCGACUUCCUGUCUUGGCUGACUCUUGAUCACGACAUGUCUGCGCAGGCGCAUGCGUACUCUGUGAUGAAAUCAAGCUUCUUUCCUAAUCUAAUUCAGUCGCAUCCGUUUUACUUCAACACAAGGUUUGACCGGAAAGAGGAUUUCUUCCCUUGCCAAUGUUCCAAAUGUCUCAGCAGAGCUCUGGCCUUCACCAGGGGCUCACUACCAGACAUCGCCCCGACAGCUUUGAGAGCGUUGUCUCUGCCGCUGACGCCCCCGUCCCCCACAGAGCCUCUGUCCAGCCCGAUAGCCUCGCUGGCCAGCAUGACGUCAUUCCCGAUGACCCACGUCAGCCCGACCCAGAUGACAUUCGUGAGCCCCUCGUCGUUGACGCCCAUGGGCCACGUCAGCCUCCCGCGCCCGACUGGGUCGCCAGAGGCUCGCAGGCUGACCUCUCCGCUAAACGCCAAGCCGGACAUGCACGUGCCGAGUGCCCCUGUGUCCAGCAGUGGCAGUAGUGACACGUCAGACAAUGUUCCCCUCAACCUGUCAGCCAGUGCCAGCAACGGCAGUGACAACAGUGGCAUAAAAGAGAGAACAUUCCAGUGCAGGGUUUGUGGGAAGCGGUUCAAAAGGUCAUCCACACUCUCCACGCACAUGUUGAUCCACAGCGACACCAGACCUUAUCCAUGCCCAUACUGUGGGAAACGUUUCCAUCAGAAGUCGGACAUGAAGAAACACACAUACAUCCAUACAGGAGAGAAGCCUCACAAGUGCAGUAUAUGUGGCAAAGCCUUCAGCCAGUCCUCGAAUCUCAUCACGCACAGUAGAAAACACACCGGGUAUAAGCCCUUCUCAUGCAACAAGUGCGGCAAGGCUUUCCAGAGGAAGGUCGACCUCAGGCGGCACGCGGAGUUGGCCAACCACUACUAAGGAUUUAAGGUUCAACUGAAAAAAAAAAAAAAGAAACGCUGGAGAGACAGAUCAGAGUCUUUUACGAUUAGUGACGGAUUUACGAUAGUUUGCGGUGUGCAGCCGACCAGUGCUUCAUCCUCAACGGUAGACCUCCGCUAAUUGAAAUUCAAAAAAACUUUUGAAAAUAUGCAUACUAAAUACGGUAUGAUAACUAAAGAAGGAAAAUGAGAUGAA